AUGACAAAGGCCCUCAUCGCCAUUACUUCCGCCCACGCUCCGUUGUAUCCGGACGGCAAAGAAACUGGUCUCUUCAUCACCGAGGCCCUCCAUCCAUUUGAGGUGUUCCGCAAGUUUGGGUUCGAGGUUGAUCUUGUGUCUGAGACGGGCACCUAUCAGCCUGACUGGCUGUCGCAGCAGAAAGAUUGGCUGUCUGACGAGGAACGGGCUAUCUGGGAAGAUCAUACCAGCGAGUUUCGAUCCAAGUUGGAUAAACUUCUGAAGCCCAGCGAUAUUGACCCCGCUCAGUAUACCAUCUUCUUCGCCUCAGCUGGCCAUGCUUCGCUGAUCGAUUAUCCCAAUGCAAAGGGCUUGCAAUCCAUUGCCGCAAAGAUGUACAGCAAUGGUGCAAUCAUCUCCGCAGUAUGCCAUGGUGGUGCAAUCUUCCCGGGGAUUAUUGACCCAUCUACUUCCAAGUCCAUUAUUUCUGGUAAAAAAGUUACAGGUUUCACCACGCGGGGUGAAGAGGAGGAAGGCGUCCUAGACACCAUCAAGAGCUGGGACCGGCCCACGAUUGAGUCGUCAGCCGCCAGCGCAGGAGCAACAUAUGUUUCACCUCCAGGGCCAUGGGAUGCUUUUGCCAUCUCAGACGGACGUAUUGUUACCGGCGCCAACCCAGCUAGUGCUACCGCCACGGCUGAAGAGGUUCUCAAGGUGUUUCGCACGCUUUAA